CCACACCUUGUUUAGGCCUACAAUGUAGGGUACAUAUCAAUUUUUCUUUUUUUUUAAAAACUGAAUUUUUUUUCUUUUACUGACAACUUUCAUAAAAUGUCUUUCUUAAAUAUGCUUAAACUUUCUAUACUUUAAGUAGCCAGUCCUGAGUGAUGUCAUCCUACACUAAAGUAUCUCCUUCAGUUUCCCCUACACCUUCAUCUCCACAACUUUCCCCAUUUCUGAGUCGGACAAGCAGUAAUGGCAGUACGGGUUCCCAAAAACGUGAUGCUCAUCUCACUGCAACAGCAAAGCGGCAGAAAUUUUUCAGACGUCUAUUCAAAUUUAGACAAAUGGAUUUUGAAUACGCAUUCUGGCAGAUGAUUUAUUUGUUUGUUUCUCCUCAAAAAGUGUAAGCUUUUAUAAUAUGUGAUUUUUACAAAUAAAUUAGUGACAAUUGAUGUUGUAACGCUUCAUCUUGUUCAUUGAGUAACUUGUUUAUUAAAAUAAUAAUCAAAAUUUUAAUCAAACUUUUUCCCCAUUUUAAAAGAAAAUGAUCAGAUUCAUGGUAAAAAAAAUUGGAGAUGACUUUUAAACUUAGAAUUAUUGAUAGGAAUGAUAAAAAGGAUAUUUAAGAGAAACAAUUUUCAAUAAUAUUAGAACAAUUUAUUACUUUUUACACAUGGACUCAUUAAUGUUUUAUUUCUUCUGAAUAGGUACAGGAACUUUCAGUAUAGAAAACGUGAGUAUGAUUGAAAAAAUAUAUUAGUUAAUAAACAAGAAAUACAUUUUUGAGAAUUAAAUUUUCCAUAACUCUUGAUUUUUUUAUUAAUUGUGGAGAAAAUUUGUGUCAGUUUAAAUUUUUAAUCAGGCUGGGUUGUUAAAAUAUUUAAAUAUAGAUUUCUUAUCAUUAAAAUAUUCAUUAUCAUUUUCAGAAACCAAAGACCAGUGGGCUAGAGAUGAUCCAGCAUUUCUUGUGCUUCUUACAUUUUGGCUCUGUGGUAAUGAUUUACAUAUAAUUAUCUCUAUCUACAGCAUUGUUUUUGAAUAAAUUACAUGUACACACAAUUUCUUUAUUUCACACAAAAUAAAAAUCAAAAUGACUAUAUACAUACUAAUAAUAAUCUUUAAUCCUUUAACCCUUUACUCUCUGUCCUUAAAUUGAAAUCAUCUUUCCCCUGGGCUUCCAAGGCAAAUAUUCAUAAACACCCAAACUGGGAAAACAUAAUUUUAAGAUUGAAUGUAAAAUGAUGUGAAUUUUAUUUAUUCGAUCUUAAUUUUUCCUGCAAGUUGUGUUUAUACCGGUAAUAAAAUUUAUUAAAAGGAGAAAAUUUUCUUAAAAUAAUAGGUACUGGUAAGCACUUUCAUAGAAACCAGGGCUAUGAAUAAGACCUUGUUGUUUUUUUAUUGUACAAAGCAAAUAUUACUUUACUAUCACUAGAUGGUCAAUAGAUUGUCACAAUCAGAGUCUAAUUUUGCUUUCAUCAUAAUUAAUUUUAAAAAAAUGAAAUCAUAAUCCUUUGAAUUAUUUCUUUAUUAACAUCAACCUACUCAGAUCUUACCUUUUUAAAACAGCAUUUUUUUUUUCAUUUUCAUCAUAUCUUUACAUCAUAAAAAUUGACUAAAACAUACUGCCCAUUUUAAUGGGCAUCUCAUGACAGUAACCUUUUAAUAUGAAAGUAACCUUUUAACAUGACAGUAACCUUGAACUUGACAAUAACCUUUAACUUUACAGUAAUCUUUAACACGUCACAUGGGAAGCCAUGAUCUCAGUUCCAUUUAUAGUACUAAUAGUAGGCCUAUAAAUAUUCUUUCUUCCACUUACAUUUAAAUGUUGGAUAUUAUCUGUUAAUUUUUUUUAGCAAUUAGAAUUAUUCUAAGCAAAUAUCAAUACAUUUCUUGAUUUGCUAAUUUCAGUUGUACCUGGUACCAGAUUACUUAGAGCUCUAUGUAAAAUUUUGAGCUGGCAAGAGUUCAGUUUUGCUUAAAACAAGGGAGAAUUAGUUCAUUAUAGAAAGGCUGUAUGGUAGCUUAAAAUUUUAUGUCUGCAUCUGACAAUUAUUUUCUUUUAAUAUCAUCAUUUACAAAAAGACUACACGUUUUUUGCUAAUCUAAAAAAAAACACUUUUUGAAACUAAUGGAAUAUCAAAAGAAUAAGUGGGGCUGCAUAGCUAAAAAAAAAAAAGUAAUAAAAAAAACAACAUAUACAGUAUAUAUAGUUAAAGAGUACAUUUUCAUCCCAAUAAUUUAUAUAACUUAUUUCUUAUCUUCGUCUUCUUCUGUUUAAUGCCAAUAGAUGCCUUUUACCCUACAUUAUGGUCGUAAUUUAAAAAAAAAAGCUUGUUGCAUUAAAGAAAGUAAAUGUUUAUCGAUCAAAGAAUAUCGCAGACUUUACUCUAUUGGUUUAAAGGCAAUCUUACAAAAUAGAAAGAAAUUAAGAUUUUAAUGAAGGUUUACAUAGGUUAUGACUAAUGUUUUAAUGCCUAUAUAAAUUUCUUAUUUCUUUUAGCAUCAUCCUUUGGUUUCACUCUUGCUCUAAGUCUUGGCUUUUUGGGAUUCAUAAAAUUUCUCUUAUGGGUCAUAUUUGUGGACUGCAUUGGUGUUGGACUUCUCAUUGCAUCCCUAUUUUGGUAAGUUUUUAUAAUUUUUGUCUAUGCAUUUUUUCCAUCACAAAAUUGAGACAGGACUAACAGCUUAUAUUUGUUUUCCCUUUUAUUAAAAAUAACUUUAAUAAAUAUGAAUCCCAACACUAUAUAUAAAACUAAAUUAUCUAUGUAAUCUUGCAUUAAUGUUAUUUGCAAUUUGUUCCAGGUUCAUUUCAAAUCGUUACAUGUUGAUCAAUCCACCAAGAGGGCAAGAUGUGGAGUGGGGCUAUGCAUUUGAUGUCCACCUCAAUGCUUUCUUUCCACUUCUUAUGAUCUUACAUUUCUUUCAGCUGCCUUUCUUAACUUGUAAGUAUGGGUUGAAUUAACUGAAUUAUUUUUUUAGACCAGAUUUUCCUGUAUGAAAAUUCAGACCAACAGUUAAACCUAUUCAUAACGGCAAAAUCCAGCUGGUGCUGAUUCAGCACCGUUACUCCACGGCCACUCAACCCUUUGCUUACACAUUGCUAUAUAGAAAGUAUAAAUCUCUCAAUAUAAAUGAAAUUCUUGAUAGAAACUAGACCAAAGAAAGCUCCUGUCUUGUUUAAAUAUUUUUAUUCAUUGGGUGAGGGGUAUUAAUUAUUUUAAAAGCAGAAUUGUUAUUUUAGUGUUAUGAUCAUUAUUAGUAUUGGUAGUCAUCUACUUUGUCUAAAAUUGACUUUCACUAAUUUACACAAAAGUAUUAGGAAAUAAUGUUACACUUCCACAACACAUAAAGCAACUAUGUAUGAAUGCAAAUCAAUAAAUGCAAAUCAAUAAAAUAGAUUUUUAAAAAAAAAAAUUCAAAACCUUCUUACGGUAAGGGAAUAUUAGGACAAGGUGUGUGGAAGCUUGAUUCCUAAGACAGGACAAUAAGAUAUUUUUACGGUAAAGGUGGGGUUGUUCCCUUUGGCUGGGAUUUCCAAUAAUACUAUUUCUGAGCGCUCAGAGUUGAAUGAGUUACAAUCUUUAGGAUAAUAAGCUGUGUGAAGGAAAUGGUGGAACAAGGGAUGUUGAAACUUGAAAUCAAAAGACAGGGCAAUACAACUACAAGGAGAAUGUUUCAGCUAAGAGCCUUCUUCAGCAGACAAGACAAGAAAUAGAAACAGUUCAAAAGCUUAAGUGUUUGGAGUUCACCAUGUAGUAGGGGAAUGCUGUGUUACAACCCAUCUUCCACCAAUAAUAUUUCCUUAAAAUUUGUAAUUAAAAUUAAAGUAUUGCUAUGUUCACAUAUUUCUGAGUGUAGUGAGCAUUAAUAAAAAUAUUUCAACAAUUUAUAUUUAUAACUUCAGAAGAUUACAUACUUUUUAAACAAAAACUUUUGUUCCUCAAGUUUGAUUUGCCAUAAAAAAAGCGUACAAGUUUCUUAGUUUAUUUUUUUAUAUCAACAGAUGUAAUAAACAAAGAUAUGUUCUUCUCACGAUUUUUCGGCAAUACACUGUGGCUUCUUGCCAUUGGCUAUUAUAUCUAUAUUACAUUUCUGGGAUACAGUGGUAAGUUUUCAAUAAUUAUUUUAUUUUUUAUCAUUGACAAUUAAAAAUGAUGGAUAUUUAGUUCAAAAGUUGAAAUGUUUGAUUGAAUUGAUUGUUCCACUUGAGUGAGAACUUUUUGAAGCUAUUUUCUGUAAUUUUAUUUGUGUAGCUUUUAACUAAUUUUUUCGUCAUUAGCUAUGGAAUCUAUUCUAUCGGUGAAAAUAUAAGCAUUAGUCUGUCAAAAAUAUGGAAAACAUGGAACUAGAGUACCGGUACAGUCGAUGAGUCCAAAAAAUUUUUUUAAAAAUACAACAGUGUAGUUGUAUUAUUAUAGUUCUCUGACAUAUUAACUCUUAUGUAUCCAACACUAAACUUUGGGCUGCAUGUGUUAAAAGUUAUUAUGUAGGUUGCUUAUACUUAUAGGUAUAUAGGUAGACUAGCAAACUGACCAAGUAAUUUUUAGGACCUGGUAGCACAGAAAUUCACAGCAGUUUUGGAAUUAAGAAAAGAAAAUAGAUUUUGUCUUUUUCCUCUCUUCUCAAUAAGAACUAGAUCUGUUACUGUUACCUUUGUACAAUCAGUUAAGUAAAAACAGAUUCGGAAUGAUAAUUGUACUGGUGUUUUAACAAUAGUAAUUUAAUAUCCAUAUUAUUAAUUAUAAAGUAUAUUUUAAUUUCCUAUCAACAGCGCUUCCAUACUUGAAGAAUACAAGAACACUCCUGUUCCCAAUGACUGCCGUGCUGCUUAUUUAUAUACUCUCUUUAAUCCUUGGAUGGAAUUUCAGUUGGGGGCUGUCACAAUUUUAUCAUGAUCGAGUAAUGGACAACAAUUAUUAAAUGGUUUGUUGAAUGUGUACAUAUGCCAAGAGUUAGUGGUCGCGACUAAUGUUCCCUUUAAGCUGCACGGCCACGCAGCUAUCUCACAGACGCCGCUCAGCAGUUUUGAGUAUCUGCGCAGCAAAUUUUUAUCAAAAUAAAUUCAUACAGAUAUGCUGCACUCAGCCACCGGAAUUAUAAAGUUUUUAUAACAUGCACAUCCAUGUAUUUAAUUUAAUUCAAAUCUUUAUUUUUGUUUUCUACUUUUUACAUAGAAUUGAUUGAUUUACAAACAUAUUGAUACAUACCAAAUCAAGCUAGCCUCGUUCUGAACCAAUGCUGCCUUUCAUGUAAUGUAAAUUUUGUUGCGCAUACUGUGCAGUGAAUGUGUAUAAAGUAAAUAAAGCGCCUAUCUCUAGUUGAUUAUAAAUGUAGUAGCUAAUUAUUAUUAAUAGUGUUUAACUGUUAUGUCAAAACGUGAGUUAAGCGAACUGUCAGGGUCAUCGCUUGCAAAGAAAAAGUGGGGAUCAAAUUAGAAGGAAAACUAUUAGGAGCAGGUGGGCCUGUAUAAUGAUCCAGUUCAUCAUGAGUACUGUUUGUGACUGAGUAUUCUAAUCGUAUCAGAACGAUGGACAUCAGAUCAACCUUGACGAUGUGUUUAAAAGAUUGAUACCUAUCGUUGAAAGACAGACGCCCAAGUACCUCCAAAAAUGAAUCAAUCAAAUGACUAGCGGUCAUUGGUAGUGGGUGUGCUGGAAUUUAGUUGCUUGACACAAUGACAGGAUAAAUAAUAGAAAUAAGUAUAGCUUUGAUUAAACUAUUUUGACAUUUCUGAUAAUUAUUUAAUUAUAGUUCCUUUAUUUAUUUAUCUAAAAGUUUUGCACUUAAGUUCAUUUAUGUAAUAUCCAUCUGUGUUUGUGGGCUGUGAAAUGUUGCACACAAAAAUUUGAUGCUGUAAAAAAACUUUGCACACAACUGUAUGAUUUUGCACACAAAGCGGCAAACCUUAGAGGGAACAUUGGUCACGACCCUGGAACAAGGGCUCAGUCAUGGUACAUCAACGAAAAGCUAAUGUGCCGGAUUUUCAAACGACUGGUUUAGUUUAAAGUUUUAGCUGACGUUGCAUCUAAUUCUUUUGAAUUUAAUUGUAGUUGAAAUUAUGCAGAGAGAAUAGCUGCCUAUAUAUAUAUGUUCCAUGAAUGAGUGUACCUGCACUAAGAUUCUUCGUGGAGAAAUUAACAAAAUACCCUCUCUAUUUUUAAAGCUCGAGAUAUUUUAUAAAUAUAGAGUUAUUAAAAAAUGAAACCUCUUGGUACUUGUGAUGAAGCAAUCAAUCAUUAUUUUAUAUGAAAUACCUAACAUGUAAAUGUAAGUGCCGGAAAUUACUGUCUUGCCUGGUUAGUAACAAGAAAACAUACUUUAUAAAUAAGAAUUUUUAAUACAUUUAUAAUUGAUUUCAUUUUAUGCUAUGGAGACUGAGGAUUAACACAAGCAAAAGUGAGAGCAUCCUGAAGAACAACUGUCAGAUUUUUAACGAUGUGAAUGAAAUGUAUUUAUUUAACUGCUAUGGCAGUGAAAUAUUAAACAAUUUUGAAUAUAUAGCUUUAGUAAAAAAAUUAUACCAUUUUUCAUGUAACCAACCCUAAGGGCUUUGUUGAAAAUGACAGAUGAUUUUGUUGGAUUGGAGUUGUUGAAUUUAUGCACCAGUAUAGUAUGCUUUUUUGUAGAUUUCCCAACUGCGAAAGCAAAGCAAAAUUUAUGUUUGGUAAUAAAAUCAUUUUUCUAUUUAUCAACCUUGAUAAUUAAAUUAAUGAAGAUAACCUGUCUAGUCUAUCACUACUAUCAGUUUACUAUAAGAUACUAACUAGUAAAAUUUAGACCCCAUGAAAAAAUUUAAUCUGUUUAUUUUCAGGAAUGGUCUUAACAAGAGCAUUUUAUAAACCAUGGAUAUUAUAUCACUAUCAUUUAAUACUGAAAUAUCUUACCGUUAUGAUGGUCUAAAGACGGAAUACAUUUUUGUAUUACCGUAAUAUAAAUAACCUAUAGCUAUUCAGUGACCCUAAGUUACUAGUAAUAAAACAAUUUACUUAUAGAUUCUUUUAUUAAAUGUUCAAAGCAAGCUGGUAUUCAUCAUUUAAAGUGAUUAUAAGCUGUGCCAAAAAUUGAAAAUGUUUCACAGUUCUCCAGCACAGCUAUUUCAAAUUUUUAAAAAUGUCCUUGAUGCUCCAAUUGUUUUGCUUUAAUGAAUUAUCAUAAAAUAAUUUUUUUGAAUAUAGGCGGAUCAGCACUAUAUUGAGGCAAUACAAUGUCAAAUGAGCAAAUGAAUAAUGUUACUCCUUAUUUUUCAGGAAUGAAUGUAAAAUUUAUUUGUGAGUUAUGAGAAAAGAUUCACCACAUCCGAUGAACACAUUGUAAAUCCUUUCGUGCUGUGGGAUUAUAUAUUUGGAGGCAUGGUGCCUAUUAUUAUGUAUAUAUGUAUUAACUUUUUAAUAAAAUAUGUUGAUUGAUGACAAGUUUUAUAAAAUCACGUUUUACGUUUGUGCUGAUAAAUGAUGUAUAAAAGAUAUGUGCAUAAUCUUUAUUUUUAGU